ACUUCGCCGUCAUUCAAAGUAAACAAGUUUAGCCGCUUAAUUUCUAAUUAUUAUCGUCAAGAAAUUAUAUUCCAAUACAACAAAAUUCUUCAAAAUGUCCAUUUUAAAAAUUUAUGCACGUCAAAUUUUUGAUUCACGUGGUAAUCCAACAUUGGAAGUUGAUUUGACAACUGAUUUUGGUGUUUUUCGUGCCGCUGUACCAAGUGGUGCAUCGACCGGUAUCCACGAAGCAUUAGAACUUCGUGAUAAAGAUAAAGCCAAUUAUCAUGGUAAAUCUGUUUUGAAGGCUAUUGCCAAUGUUAAUAAUGUUAUUGCACCAAAAUUGAUUAGUCAGGGUCUUGAUGUUACACAACAAAAAGAAGUUGAUGAAUUUUUAAUCAAAUUGGAUAAUACACCAAACAAAUCAAAUCUUGGUGGUAAUGCUAUUCUUGGUGUUUCAUUAGCCAUUGCUAAAGCUGGUGCUGCAAAAAAACGUGUACCAUUAUAUCAACAUUUGGCUGAUUUGGCUGGUAUUAAAGAAUUUGUUUUACCUGUUCCGGCAUUCAAUGUUAUUAAUGGUGGUUCACAUGCUGGUAAUCGUUUGGCUAUGCAAGAAUUUAUGAUUUUACCAACAGGUGCAUCAUCAUUCACACAGGCAAUGAAAAUGGGUUCAGAAGUUUAUCAUCAUUUAAAAAAUGUUAUUAAACAACGUUAUGGUUUGGAUGCUACUUGUGUUGGUGAUGAAGGUGGUUUUGCACCAAAUAUUCAAAGUAAUAAAGAAGCUUUAGAUUUGAUUAUGACCGCUAUACAGAUGGCUGGUUAUUCCGGUAAAAUUGAUAUCGGUAUGGAUGUUGCUGCUUCGGAAUUUUAUCGUGAAGGAAAAUAUGAUUUGGAUUUUAAAAAUCCAAAUUCCGAUAAAUCAGCAUGGCUACAACCAGUACAAUUGGCUGAUGUUUAUCGUGGUUUUGUUAAAGAUUAUCCAAUUGUUUCGAUUGAAGAUCCAUUCGAACAAGAUGCAUGGGAUGAUUGGACUGGUUUUACCAGUACAGUCAAUAUCCAAGUUGUUGGUGAUGAUUUGACCGUAACCAAUCCAAAACGUAUACAAACAGCAGCCGAAAAGAAAUGCUGUAAUUGUUUAUUAUUGAAAGUUAAUCAAAUUGGUACAGUUAGUGAAUCAAUACAAGCACAUUUAUUGGCCAGAACAAAUGGUUGGGGAACAAUGGUAUCACAUCGUUCAGGUGAAACUGAAGAUACAUUUAUUGCCGAUCUGGUUGUUGGUUUAUCAACUGGUCAAAUAAAAACUGGUGCACCAUGUCGUUCCGAACGUUUAGCUAAAUAUAAUCAAAUUCUUCGUAUUGAAGAAGAAUUAGGUUCAAAAGCUAAAUAUGCUGGAAAAAAUUUUCGUCAUCCACUUCAAUGAAAAAAAAUUUUUGGACCGGUGAAUGAAUGAAUGAAUGAAUUUUCCUCAAUACAAUCGAUCAAUCCAGUUUGUUGUUGUUGAUUUGAUUUGAUUUUGGAUGGAUAGUUUUAAGACUUUGAAAACAACAAUUAAAAAAUUUAUUUUUUUUCCA